AGAAAAAGAGCUAAAAGAUCACAUUCAAUAAUGUCAAUAGACUUGAAAACUAUAAACAACACCGUAUCAAGAUGGACGAACUCCAUUGCCAAAUGGACUUUAAGCUCAAAACCAGUGGAGGGAAUACCCAAUGAAAUUCAAUAUUCUGUUUUCAAACCACCUCCAAAUAUUACUCCUUUGAAACAAAUACCUGAAGAAGGGUUCAUAAACACUGGAACUUUUACAAAAGUACAAUUUGAUGCAAUUGUGGAGAAUUCAAUAGAAGCUAUAGAAAAUGGGAUUCACCCGAAAAGAAUAGCUGCUGGUUCAUCAGGAAGUUAUUUCAUUUUCAAUACAAAUAAUGAAAUUGUUGGAGUCUUCAAGCCAAAAGAUGAAGAACCUUAUGGUCCAAUAUCACCUAAAUGGACGAAGUGGCUGCAUAGAAAUUUAUUCCCUUGCUUUUUCGGAAGAAGUUGUCUUAUACCCAAUCUUGGUUAUAUUUGUGAAACUGCUGCUUGCUUUCUAGAUAAACAACUACAGACAGAUAUAGUACCAUUUACAGAUACUGUUUAUAUAUCGAGUGAUACAUUUUAUUAUUCAUUCUGGGAUAGAAGGUCCAAGAAACCAUUACACCCUAAGAUAGGUUCAUAUCAAUUAUUUUUGAAUGGAUAUCAAGAAGCAGAUAAAUUUCUAAGUAAACACCCUCUUCCAGGCUCAAGAUGGAACUUACCAGGAUUUUCAGAUACUGGAGUUUUCCCAAGAUUCAAAGAUGAUGCAAUUAUAAACAUGGAUGAUACCCCAGUUUUUAAAUGGACACCAGAUGUUAUUCAACAAUUUCGUGAAGAGUUGGAGAAAUUGGUUAUACUUGACUACAUUAUGAGAAAUACUGAUAGAGGGUUAGAUAAUUGGAUGAUUAAACUGGAUUGGGAAACGAAUAAUGGGAUUAAAACACCCAAGUUGAAAAUUGGCGCUAUUGAUUCAGGUUUAGCAUGGCCAUGGAAACAUCCAGAUGAAUGGAGAUCAUAUCCAUUUGGUUGGUUAUUUUUACCCGUUAGUAUUAUAGGUCAACCCUUUUCUGAAAAAACUAGAAAUCAUUUCUUACCAUUAUUGACUUCAACUGUUUGGUGGGAGGAAUGUGCAGUUCUUUUCAGACAAUUAUUUGCAAGAGAUGAUGAUUUUAAAGAAAGAAUGUGGAGAAAACAAUGGGCAGUAAUGAAGGGUCAAGCUUUCAAUGUUGUUGAAACUUUGAAAAACCCUACCCAAGGCCCAUUAGAACUAGCCAGAAGAACAAGAGUUUUGGUUCAUGAUGAAGAGAUGGAAGUUCCAGUUCAUGUUCCAACUUCUAUAAUGUCA